AUGUCACAGCCUUCAAAGAAAUACCCGCCCGGAGUCCAGAAUGUUCCGAAUGACACGCCUUUAGACGACAUCUUUUAUUUGCUCAAGCGUGAUGGAGGUGUCGUAGUCAAGGAUCUGAUCCCGGUAGAAGACAUCGAUAAGACUACCGAGGAGAUCAGGGAGAGACUUGAACAGGACCUGCCUUGGGAUGGUGAAUUCUUUCCAAAGGAAACUCGACGAGCUCCAUCUAUGGUCGCCCUGAGCCCGACCUACACGCGCACCCAGCUCAUGAAUCCUAUUUUUCAAGCCGUCUGUGCUCAUUUUCUCACCACACGUAGCUGGUUCUGGUGGGGAGAGAAACGGAAAGAGUCCGUGUCCAAGCCCUACGCUAUGUCUUGCACUGCUUUGGAGAUUGGGCCCGGGGGAAAGGCGCAGCCCUUACAUCGCGACUCUUUUGUUAACCAUAACAUCCUGUCCGAAGUGGAUGCAUGGGACGACGAACGUGAUGUAAACCGAGAGACGGCGAUUGGAAUGAUGGUUGCGGGUUGCAAAGUCAUCAAGGAGAACGGGGCUACCCAAUUUAUUCCGGGCAGCCAUCUAUGGGACUCGAAUCGUCAAACGCCCCCUAAACUCGAGGAUUGCGCUUUCGCCGAGAUGGAGAAAGGGGAUGCUUUUCUUAUGAUGGCCUCUACUUAUCAUGGCGGAGGGAACAACACCACUACUGACCAGAAGCGCCUGGUAUACUCCUGCUUCGCGACUCGGGGCUACCUGAGGCAGGAAGAAAAUCAGUUCCUGGCUGUUCCACAAGACGUCGUGAGAAAGUAUGAUCGAGCGACGCAGGAGUUCAUCGGCUAUUCCAUCAGUCAACCGGCUGCUGGACAAGUGCAGCAACUCGACCCGAUUUAUGUCCUUUACCCCGAGCUUCUGAGUACGACUAGGCCGACGGACUUUUGA